UUUAGUAUAUGUACUUAAGUCAGACAACAACCAUGUCAUUAAGCAUCUCUUACAGAGUAAUAUUAAUCAGCGAGCCAUAAAAUGUUAUCAAAAUACUGCUUAUUGCUGUUUGCAAUUGUUCUCGAGUAUUCACUUAAUCCAGCAGUGCUUCUUCAUGCACAGGGAGACAAUCCACGAGGCUUUGUGAGCAUAGAUUGUGGAUUGCCUAAAGGUUCUGACUACAAGGAAAGUACUACUGAAUUAUACUACAAAUCCGACGCUAAUUUGAUCGACAGUGGUGAGAGCAAGAAGUUAUCAGCUGUCCCCGAAGAAAUCUCCGAUGAGAAAUACCUGUUUACUCUCAGAAGCUUUCCUCGAGGAAAGAAAAACUGUUACACCUUUCAACCUACACCCGGGAGAGGUAACAGGUAUCUGAUAAGAGCAACUUUUCUGUAUGGUAACUAUGAUUCUUUAAACCUGUUGCCAACAUUUGAUCUCACUCUGGGAGCAGAGACCUGGAGCACAAUCGUAAUUGAAGAUAGUUCCAAAGUUGUGAGAAAAGAGAUCAUACAUGUUCUAUCUUCAGAUUAUGUACAUGUUUGUCUCAUAAAGACAGGCACUUCUACACCUUUCAUCUCAGCAAUAGAGUUGAGGCAUCUCAAUGAUACAGAAUCCCCGUAUUCAGCUGGUUCAGCGUCACUGCAAACCUUGAGACAGCAAUACUGCGACAAAAAAGACUCCAGAGAAGUUUUCAGGUAUGAAGAUGACAUCUAUGAUCGAAGAUGGACCCCCAAAAAAUUUACCAAAGAAAGACAAACUACUGAGUUAGACAUUAAUAAUACAAGUCCUUCUCAUGUCCCCAAGUCUGCGCUGGAGACCGUCUGCGUACCUGACAAAGUUUCUGAUUCCCUGAACAACAUUAAGUGGGAAACGACUAAUAAAGCUGAUGAAUUCUAUGUAUUCAUGCACUUCACUGAAACUAAAAAACUUGAUACCAAUGAAUUCAGAGAAUUCAACAUUUACAUAAACGAUGAACUAUGGUAUGAUCAACCGGUCGUUCCACCGUAUCUAGGUGUGACUUCCAUUUACACAGGGAGACCAAAAACAGGCGAUGAUGUGUACAAUAUCAAAAUCGAGAAAACAGAAAAUUCCACCCUUCAACCAAUUAUUAAUGCUUACGAGGUAUAUUCAGCAAAGAACUUUUCAAACAACGGAACAUAUGAUCCAGAUGUCUCUGCCAUUCUUAACAUCAAGUCUAAAUAUGGAGUGACAAAAAACUGGCAAGGAGAUCCUUGUGAACCACAAGACUUUGUUUGGGAUGGUCUCAUAUGCAGCUACCCUAGUUCUGAUCACUCUGCCAGGAUAACAUCAUUGAACUUGUCGGCGAGUAAGCUAACAGGUGAAAUACUUGGUUCAAUAGUCGAUCUCACACAAUUAAAAACUUUGGAUUUAUCUCACAACAACUUAAAAGGGCAAAUACCAGAAUUUUUAUCUCACCUGAAAUUAAGUGUCCUGAACUUGGAAGGGAAUAAGUUUACUGGUCCAGUUCCAGCUCAACUCCUAGAAAACCAAAAGAAUGGGAUUUUGUUAUUCAGUUAUGACGUUUCCGGAGAUGAAAAGAAGAACAAUAAGUAUAUACCUAUAGUUGUUGGAACUGUACUUGGGUCGGUAUUCUUGGCUGCAAUAUUUUUUGGCCUAUGGAUCAUCAGAGGGAGAGUAAUGCGAGUGUUUAAGCAAUCUAUUAAGAAACCACAAGAAAAUAUAAGUGACAUAGAGGGAAAGGUUAGACGGUUCACAUACUCCCAGGUUUUGGACAUAACCAAAAAUUUGCAUGAAAAGCUUGGUGAAGGUGGUUUCGGCGAAGUAUACCGUGGCUCUGUAGGUGACAUUCAAGUUGCUGUAAAGAUGCUUUCUGAAUCAUCAGAUCAAGGCUCAAGAGAAUUUCAAACCGAGGUCAGUCUGCUGGCGAGGGUUCACCAUAAGAACUUAACCUCUAUGGUUGGUUACUGCAAUGAGGACACACACAUGGGUAUCAUUUAUGAGUACAUGGCUGAACGAAACUUAGAGGAGUAUCUUUCAGGAAAUAGCAAAGGCAUUUCCAGUUGGGUUGAAAGACUUCAGAUAGCACUGGGUGCGGCACAAGGACUGGAGUAUUUGCACCAUGGAUGCAAACCUGCAAUCAUCCACAGAGAUGUCAAAACAAGUAACAUAUUAUUGAACCAACAAUUCCAAGCAAAGUUGGCUGAUUUUGGGCUGUCUGAAGCUUAUCCGGCUAUAGGCGGCACCCAUAUCUCGACGGUUUUUUUUGCUGGCACUAAUGGUUACAUUGACCCUGAGUCCAGGAAAAAUAAUAGGCUUACAGAGAAAACGGAUGUGUUCAGUUUUGGGGUUGUUUUACUUGAAAUGAUAACAGGAAAACGACCACUUUUAGGUCCUGAAGGCAACAUUGGCAUUGCUCAGUGGGUUGGCAACAAUGUCCAAAAUGGUUUUAUUACACAGGUUGUAGAUGUGAGGUUCGAAGAAAAUUAUGACAAAGAUUCUGUCCGGAAAGCAGUUAAUUUAGCCCUGACAUGUGCAAGUGAAAUUUCAUCCAGGAGGCCAACCAUGGAUGAAGUGGUGAAAAUGCUAAAAGAGUGCUUGGCUAUAGAAACUGAUAACCUCGAUGCUGAUCCAAACGAUUCAAAUGAUAUGUUUUCUACUGAUCCAGAGAGAUCAUUGUUCCCAAGAUCAAGGCGUGCAAGUUAAUGAUUGUUAUUAUCAAAUUUUUUGCUAUGCAGUGUUAUUAUUGUUAAGCUCGCACCAAUCAAAUUGGUUUUUAUAUUUUCUGUUAAAAAUUCGAUCAUGUUAGAGUACUUGUAUCUAUCUUCUAAGAAAUUACAGGCAGUGAGUACGCGAG